CAAAAUUUGAAAAGAUAAUUUCAACAAAUUUAUUUAUUAAAACAUGACUAUAGCUUCUAAAUUACAAUUAACAUUAGCCAUAAUUAAGCCACAUAUAGUAAAAAAUCCUAUAUCAUCACAAAAAAUUAGAGAAAUAAUUAUCUCUAGCAAUUUUAAAAUUGUCAAAUCCCAAAGAAAAACUAUAUCUUUAGAAGAAGCUAACAUAUUUUAUGGUGAGCACAAGGAAAAAUUCUUUUAUAAAAGGCUAGUAACUUUUAUGACUAGUGGACCUAGUGACAUUAUGAUCCUAGCUAAAGAAAAUGCAAUAAAAGACUGGAGGCAACUAAUGGGUCCAACGAAAGUGUUUAAAGCUCAAUUUGAAGCUCCCGAAAGUAUAAGAGGGCAGUUUGGUUUAUCAGAUACAAGAAAUGCCACCCAUGGAUCUGAUUCUGAGGAAUCUGCAAGGAGGGAAAUUGGAAUAUUCUUUCCAAGAUUUGAUCUUGAUAGAUGGUAUCAAGAAGAUGAACCUCUAUUUAGAUCUAAUAACGCUGAUUUAUGUUUGGAACAAUUUUUACAUGUGCCAGUUACACGAUAGUAAUUUGUACAUUAUGCUGUAAUUAAUGUUCAGUAUACUGAAAAUGUGAGUGUUAGAAUUGUGAUCUGUAAUACCAAAAAUAGUUGCAUUUAGGAAGAUAUUUAUGUUCAUAUGUUGCUAGUCCUUCAUUGUCUUAUUUUUAGGCUAAAAACAGAUGUUUUUGUUAACUUUUAAGAACAUAAACUUAUUAUAAAUAUAUUUUACAAAGUAGAACCAAUGAUCAGUUUUUAUAGGUUCA